AUGGCACGCUACUCAGUUGAGCCAUCGCGGCCAACGCGCUCAAGUGCGCGCAUAUCCAAUUCCUCACACCCGCACGCGUCAUCGAAGACGUCCGCCGGAGCUCCCAAUGCCCGCGCUCCUACAUCAGGAGGUCGAGAGCGACCGAUUAUACGAUCUCGGCAAUCACCCGAUCAUUCUCUGAGACUGAAUCAGGCCACAGUGGCUGAUAGAAAAGGUGCAAACGCCGACAGCAGCAGUAUGUCCGUUGGUAGCACUGGUAUGCCUACCGCAGCCUCCAAAAAUAUUGGCAUAGCACAAAACGGUGUACAUCGGGAGCAGAGAAACUCAGAGAACCAGGUUGAUCGCGUCCCAAAGCGGGUCAAGGACAUCAGUCAGUUGUUCCCAGUGCCUCGAGGCUCCGGAUCUCCUUCUAUAUCCACCUCUCACGACGAGAAAAGGUUUGCCGAGCCAACGACCGGAGGUUAUCGUCAUGAGUUCGUGACGCUGGUGCCUUUCGGAUACUCAGACGAGAUCAAAGAAGACCGCAAUGAGUUUCCUCCUCAAAGUCUCAAAAAGGAGGUAUUCAGUACUUCAUUCGAUGUGCAAUCGUCAACAACUCGUAGAACUACACUUGAGACAGAGCUCUUUCAUGAGACUCCAGCGCCAGGUGCUACUGGAACACGAGACGUUGUGCAGUCACAAGGCAAUACCUAUAUGCCACCAUCAAACCAUCAAGCUACCACCACCCGCCUUCUGUCGUCGCCAAUAGUUUCGACAUGCCCACAUCUUCCAUUGCCUCGGGUUGUUGCCGCAUACAACCGAAGCACCCAGAAUCUGCAGCCAACAGGAGCAGCAACAACGGUCGCUAUCUCUCGUGUUUCUACCCUCACGGAAGACCAGAUGAAGAGAGGGUUCCGGCCGACUGCUCCAAUCGUUCUCCACCAGUUGAAUACCAUUGCUGAUUAUAUAUCGCACAAAUCAGAGCUCCUAACCGCUGGAUGGCAACCACCUGCACAUGAUCCUAGCUUCCCCACAACUGAAGCCCAAGCCAGGUUCUACGUGAACCGACUACUGGCUGCACUGACAGAUGUCCAAGUUGCUCGAGACAGCACUGGACCCAACGCUUCGUUCUGGACCCGUUGGCUGCUCAAGAUGUCGAAAGGAGGCUAUCAUUGCACAGACAACGACAUGGCAUCUAUCUGUUGGGAACUUGUUGACAUUGCCAUGACCCUCCAGCUCUAUGGGCCAGAUGCUCUGAAUAUCUACGAUCCUGAUUUGAUAAAGGAGAUCCAAGAAGCCUCUGGUACACGUUUCAAUGAGCGCAUCAUCUACAUGUGCAAGGUGAUGACGUGUUCGAAAGCUCGUUGUAUAUCCUUGAUGCAGGGCGAGCUAGAGAUCUUUGUAGCCAACAUCAUCAAAAUAAAGAAGGCACGCGAGACUAAUGUGAGAAACAACCCGAACCGGAGCAAGAUGAAGGCGGAGCUCAAUUGGCUGAGGGAUGUUGUCCAAACGGGGGCAAGAAAGGAUCGAGUGAAGCCGAAUCAUACUGUAAGCGCUGCUGACACUCUCACCGAAGAGGAUACUUCGAACGAAGGCGGAAUAGGGAAGAGUGGGAAAUUGGCUGGGGAGCAACAGAAGCCAAGAGUAAAAGCAGUACUGAAGAACAACCAUACCCCAGCAUCCACAGACGAUGGCGCCUCUCUCACGCUAUCUUCUGCAGCGACCGGCACUGACAACGAGCGCAUUUUGGCUGACACCAACAACUCAGUCGAUGAGAGCCAAUCACAGUUUGGGAACUUUUUCCCUUUUCAGAUAGAAGCUGAGAGAUACGCAAGAGGAGACACAACUGGCCCACAAUCUCUGCCCAACGACGAUAAGUUUGUCGAGACCUAUCCAAUUGCAGCACAAUGGGUUGGGGCUCGGUCUGAAUCAAUGAGCCUACACCAAUUGGAGCUGAAUCGUACGUUUGCUCGUCCAGCUGCCUUCGAUUCACCAAAUUCGGCUCCCGUAAAUGAGGCCGUUGACGGCGUGGAUUUCAGUGCUGUCAAUCAUGUUCCCACACAUGACGUAUCGCAAGCCUCAGCUGAAGAAGAUGGUGGGACCGACCGCAACGAGGUCGGCCAAUCUUUUCAGUCUCCGCCACGUCAACAGAUCGCAGUGUCCAGCGAAUUCGAACAAUUUCUUGAACCAGCUGAUCUUGUAAACGACUUUACCAUGUUCAUGAACAAUUCCUGGCAUGCGGAGAUCGACGGUGAGAAGGGCGGCUCUUUUGAAGGCUCGAUCAAACGUAAGCGCUCUGAGGAUGAUGAGGUGAUUGACGAGCAGGAUUAUUCAACGCAAGAUGUGAAGCGGAUUUGCCUUAGUCAGCGAAAGCAGACUUGAAGACGAUAUUUUAUGAGGUCUCCGUAACAGUGUGAGACAUCAACCUCAUUGUCUCUCAAGACAGAAGAUAGUUGAAC